GCUCCCCGCCAGCACUGCUGCGGCCGGCUCGUCUCAGCACAUCCACCACUCUCGCAGCGCACGCUGCACACCUCGCCGCAGCCAUGGGCAAUCCACUGCCCGUCAACCUCUCGCAGGAAUGCAGCAAGGCCAACAAGAUCCUGACACAGAUGGUCGAUCCCGUCAAUGGCGUUGACGGCGUGGUCCCGCUCUCGGUGCUGCGCAAGGCGCGCGGCUUUGCCAUCUUCAGUGUCUUCCGCAUCGGUUUCCUCAUGUCGGCGCGAGCAGGCUCUGGCCUCGUGAUUGCGCGGCUGCCCGAGGACCGCUGGUCUGCGCCCGCGGCCCUGGGCAUCGGCGGCCUGGGCGGCGGCUUCAAUGUCGGUGCCGAGGUGACGGACUUUCUGAUUGUGCUCAACACCGACGCGGCCGUGCGCAGCUUCAUGGCCAGCGGCUCGCUGCAGCUCGGCGGCAAUCUGAGCGUCUCGGCGGGGCCCGUGGGCCGCAGUGCCGAGGCGUCGGGAAGUAUCAACAGCAGCGGCAAGAUGGCGGCCAUGUACAGCUACUCGCGCAGCAAGGGCGUUUAUGCCGGCAUCUCGGUGGAGGGCACUGUGCUGGUGGACCGCGAGGAUGCCAACACCAAGGCGUACCAGCGGCCCAAGUGCACCGCCAAGCAGAUCCUCUCCGGCUCCAUCGACCCGCCAGCGUUCGCCUCGGCGCUCAUCGGCACCAUCGAAAAGUUCACCAUGACGGGCGGGCGCGACGACUACAUGCCUCGGCAUCGCGGCUCCGAGUCGCGCGACUCGCUCUCGUCGCUCGAGACGGACGUGCGAGGCAUGGGUCUGGGCCCGGCAUAUGAGUUCGACUCGCCUGCUGCGCGUGAAGCGCGGGCGCGCGAGAUCGAGGAGAACAAGACGCGUAAUACGGGCGCCUAUGCGUUCAGCGGCAGUGGUGGCGGUAGCGCACGAGGCAGCUCUUCGGGAGGCAACAAGGGCCGCAGCACCGAUUACGGCAAGGAGCAGCAGCCAGACUGGAUGAACGAGACGGGCCACAAUGGCAUUGACCGCCCCAAGAAUGCCCGCCACGGCAGCAGCAGCAGCAUCUCGAGCUUCAUGCGCAAUGCUGCAUCACGCAGUAGUCCCUCGAACAAGCGCACGACGUCCUACACGUCGUUCACCAAUUCCUCGUCGCCCAGCGGCGCCUACCAAGCACGCGGCAGUUCUCGCUCCUUUUCGGCGCAGUUCCAGAAGAACGCAAGCGACGAUGAAGAUGCGGCGGCCUCGCCGUUUGCAGGUGGCGCGGAGCAGACAGCCCACAGUGGCUGGGGCGCCGAUUCGAGUGCGCGCGAGCAGAAGGAGCGUCGAUUGGCUGCCAAGGAGGACCGCGAGUACAACGGUGCCUGGGCACUCGAUCGCGAUGACGACAAGCGGCGCAUCGGCGACAUGGAUGCACUGGAUCGCGAGCUUCAAGGCGGCGACACCUCGCGGCGUCCGGCUGCCAAACGCACGGGCUCGGGCGCAUCGGGCAUGCAGAUUGGCGCCGAGGGCUGGCGCGAAGACUACGGCCUGCCCUCGCCGACGCGUCCAGGCCUGGCGGACAAGCGCACGUCGAGCGCGGGCAAGCUGUGGAACCGCGUGCGCGGCAAUAGCUCGGUCAGCAUGGGCAAGACGAGCUCGUCGGGCAGCAUGUGGAAGGAGGAAUGGCCGGGCGCGGGAGGCUCGGCGCGCGAGGAGAAGAACACAAACAGACCGCUGGCGGACACGCAUGUCGCAUACCCGGCGCCCACCGAUCCGCGCUUCAGCACGGACACGCGAAGCAGCGACGAAUGGGAGACGUCGCGCGCUGCUCCUGUCCGGCCGCACUCGCCGCCAGCGCUCAUGGGCGACACUUUCCCUGCCUCAGCCGGGUACGGCAACACCUCGUUUGCGCCUGCAGUAGCGCGCGGCGUCAGCAACGACGGCUCGAUGUUCGGCGAUCAUCACGGCGUCGAGCCCUCGGCGGCGCCUGCUACCGUGCCGUCGGCGUCGGCACAGGUGGUGGCGUCGUUUGACUUCCAGGGCCAAGAGGAGCAGGACCUGUCAUUCCGCAAGGGCGAUGUCAUUGAUGUGCUGCGCAGCACUGGCAACCGCGAGGACUGGUGGCUGGGCCGCGCGAGGGGCAAGAUCGGCAGCUUCCCGGCCAACUAUACCGAGGACAUCUGAGGAGCCUGGACCUCAGCGCGCCGAACAUCGAUUCUCCACAGCACACUGCUUCUCCUGCUCUCCCCCGCCUGUCUCCCGUUCCCUGCACUCCAU